GGGCGCUGGCGCACAGAUGGGAGCGACUGAGCAGGGCAGCAACAAGAGCCGGAGGCUGUUUUCUUCUCUGCGGCCCUGGAAGGCGACCCGCAGGCUGUGGAGGACUCGCUGGGCUGGCGGCGCGGCGCAGGGCAUCAAAAACUGUUGUUAAAUCUUAGCGGGGCUGAAGGCUUGACCCUCCACUUUCUUUGGCUUUUUCCUGAGCAGUUGGAUAGAUUGGUCAUUACAGUUUAUGGAAGAGGCCAACAAGAUCUUGUUAAGUUCUUGACAGCAUCCUGGAAAGAAAGAGGGAAGAAGGUCUUCAUGUUCCUCAUUUUCAGAUGAGAAAAGUGAAAGAAGAGAACAGUUUGCGGGCAGUCAUAUGACCCACUAAGUAGUAGACUCGUGUUUGAAUAUGACCCACUAUUCUGUCACAUCACCCUAUACACAGAAAAGUAAUGUGAGGAACAUAAAAGCACAGAGACAUUGUCACACAUCCAAAGUCAUAUAACUGAAUACUCUAGUACUCAGAUUCAGGCAGUCUGCUGUGGGAGUUUUUACGUAGGUGCCUCAUCUCCAGACAUGGAGCCCAGCUACGGAGGAGGGCUCUUUGAAAUGGUGAAAGGAGGUGCAGGGAGGCUCUUCAGUAACCUCAAGGACAACUUGAAAGAUACCCUCAAAGACACAUCUUCUAGAGUCAUACAGUCCGUUGCCAGCUACACAAAAGGAGACUUGGACUUUACUUAUGUUACCUCCAGAAUUAUUGUGAUGUCCUUUCCUAUGGACAAUGUUGACAUAGGAUUCAGGAACCAGGUGGAUGACAUUCGAAGCUUUUUGGAUUCCAGACAUCUUGACCACUAUACGGUGUACAAUUUGUCACCCAAAUCUUAUCGGACUGCCAAGUUUCACAGUAGGGUUUCAGAAUGCAGCUGGCCUGUUCGGCAGGCCCCAAGUCUGCACAACCUCUUUGCUGUGUGUCGGAAUAUGUAUAACUGGUUACUUCAAAACCCCAAAAAUGUCUGUGUUGUCCACUGCUUGGAUGGGAGAGCAGCAUCGUCCAUUCUGGUUGGUGCGAUGUUCAUUUUCUGUAAUCUCUACUCUUCUCCUGGCCCAGCUGUCCGAUUGCUGUAUGCAAAGCGACCAGGAAUUGGACUUUCACCGUCCCACAGGAGAUACCUGGGAUAUAUGUGUGACCUACUAGCAGACAAGCCCUACCGCCCUCACUUCAAGCCUCUCAUGAUUAAGUCAAUCACCAUCAGUCCAAUCCCCUUUUUUAAUAAACAGAGAAAUGGCUGUCGCCCUUACUGUGACGUACUGAUUGGAGAAACCAAAAUAUAUACAACCUGCACGGAUUUUGAACGAAUGAAAGAAUACCGCGUCCAAGAUGGAAAAAUCUUCCUCCCCUUGAAUAUCACUGUGCAAGGAGAUGUGGUCAUUUCCAUGUACCAUUUGAGGUCGACCAUUGGGAGCAGGCUACAGGCUAAGGUGACCAACACCCAGAUAUUCCAGCUUCAAUUCCACACUGGAUUCAUACCACUGGAAACGACAGUUUUAAAGUUCACUAAGCCAGAACUGGAUGCGUGUGAUGUACCGGACAAAUAUCCUCAGCUGUUUCAGGUGACUCUGGAUAUAGAACUGCUGCCCCAUGACAAGGCGUUAGACCUGACCCCACCGUGGGAGCAUUGUUGCACCAAGGAUGUCAAUCCCAGCAUCCUCUUCUCUUCUCAUCAGGAGCAUCAGGAAACUUUGGCCUUAGGAGGACAGGCUCCGGUAGACAUGCCUCCAGAUAACACCAGGCAUUUAGGGCAAAGCGGCUUCUUUUCUUCUCUCUGUUGGCAAGAUCAGAAAGCUGAGAAGUCAUCAGUCCGCGAAGGCGAAGAGGAUCACGCAGCCCUUGUGAAUCAGGAAAGUGAGCAAUCCGAUGAUGAACUUCUGACUCUUUCCAGCCCACACGGCACUGCCAACGGUGACAAACAUCAGGGAGCCAAGAAGCCCAGCGGCAGAAAACAGCAGGAGCCAGCAGCUCCUCCACCCCCGGAGGACGUGGACCUUCUGGGUUUAGAAGGCUCAGACGUGAGUAAGAACUUCUCUUCACCAGCGGCUCCUCCCUCCAACUCUGAACUGCUCAGCGACCUGUUUGGAGGGGUAGCUGGUCCUUUACAGGCCGGACAGUCAGGGAUGGAAGACGUCUUCCAUCCGAGUGGCCCUGCAUCGACCCAGUCAACACCGCGCCGGGCUGCCGCCUCCACCUCUGCGUCUCCAACCCUACGAGUGGGAGAAGGGGCAGCCUUUGACCCAUUUGGAGCACCUUCUAAGCCGCCUGGUCAAGAUUUUCUAGGUUCUUUCCUGAAUACAUCUAAUGCUUCCAGUGACCCCUUUCUGCAGCCUACAAGAAGCCCUUCACCUACUGUGCAUGCAUCUAGCACACCUUCUGUGAAUAUUCAGCCAGAUGUUUCAGGAGGUUGGGACUGGCAUGCUAAACCAGGAGGCUUCGGAAUGGGGAGCAAGUCAGCUGCCACCAGCCCAACAGGAUCCUCACAUGGGACUCCAACCCAUCAGAACAAACCCCAGACUCUGGAUCCUUUCGCCGACCUUGGGACACUAGGUAGUUCUUCAUUUGCCAGCAAACCCACCACACCAACGGGGCUAGGUGGAGGAUUCCCUCCUCUCAGCUCUCCUCAGAAAGCCUCGCCACAGCCUAUGGGUGGAGGGUGGCCGCAGGGAGGUGGCUACAACUGGCAGCAGCCACAGGCCAAGCCACAGCCGGGCAUGCCUCACUCCUCCCCCCAGAACCGACCCAACUACAACGUGAGCUUCUCCUCCGUGCCUGGAGCUCAGAGUGAACGUGGCAAAGGAUCCUCGAAUGUGGAAGGGAAACAAAAGGCAGCUGAUUUUGAAGACCUGCUGUCUAGCCAAGGUUUCAAUGCACACAAAGACAGAAAGGGGCCUCGGACAAUAGCUGAGAUGAGAAAGGAAGAAAUGGCGAAGGAGAUGGAUCCCGAAAGAUUAAAGAUUCUAGAAUGGAUUGAAGGCAAAGAGAGAAACAUCAGAGCACUUCUGUCCACCAUGCACACCGUGCUGUGGGAAGGGGAGACCAAGUGGAAACCAGUUGGGAUGGCAGACCUGGUGACGCCAGAGCAGGUGAAGAAGGUGUACAGAAAAGCAGUGCUGGUGGUACACCCAGACAAGGCUACCGGACAACCUUAUGAACAGUACGCAAAGAUGAUAUUCAUGGAACUCAAUGAUGCCUGGUCUGAAUUUGAAAAUCAAGGCCAGAAGCCCCUGUACUAAUUUAUGAGCACUUCCAUUUCGGCUGCAGACCUGUGCUAAUGCUUAGCGUGUGUCACUGAUUCUGAGGUUGUCACAAAUGAACCCAAAACUCCAGUAACAUGUAUCUAGUAGUAAGCUGUUAAAUUACUUGUGAAUUAAUUCCCUGUUGGUAAGGAAUGUGGCUAUUUGUUUUCUCAAGCCUCCAUCAUAAAAGGUUCAGAGCAGAGGAGGAAUUUCUGGUCAGAUGACUUGGUAGAAUCACAACAUUCCAGCCUACUCUGUGAGGUGCCUAGUCGGCCAUUUUGUGAGCCUAGUCAGCCAUUUUUGUGGAAAAAAGAGACCAUGGAAGGCAUAAUCCCAUCUCAUUGUCUGAGAGAAGGACUGAUGAGUAAAAGUGGUGAUAAUGGAAUUUCAUGGUGUAUUUUAACUAAUGGGAUUUUUAGGAGUUAUUGAAAAAAUGUAUUUUGAACAACAUAGACUCCAAGAACAUAAACACCAAGUAUUUUUUAAAUGGAAAUCUACUAUUGUCUUAGCAUAAUACUGUAUACUUCUUUUAUCAAAAAAGAACAGCAGAUGGAAAAGAACUUGAAUUGUGGGCAGUGAUUAGACUAUAAGCUAAUGACUGCCACCAACUUUUCCUGGAUAAGCUAAAAAUUAGUGUAAGUGCUGACUAAUGAGUACAGAGACCGUGAGGGUGUAGAAAUCUUUAUUCUUGUUCAGAAAGUUGGCUACUUGUUCUCUUUAGAAAAUUGUGGUUUUUUUUUUUUUUUUUUUUUAAAUCAUAAUACCAUAACAAGAAUGGUAAAAUUUGAAAGAAACUUUAAUUUUGUUACAGGAAUUAAUGCUUUUGCUUUUGCUUAGCCAAGACACUGAGCAUUCUUAGUUGGAGACAGUUGUGAAGUAAUCUGGCAGGACCAAGAUCUAGUAUGGACUCAAGUGUCUUCUAGGUUUAUGUAUUGUCCUGGUGAGAGAAAAGGAGCCAACACUGAACAUAAGUAAGAAACCGGUGGAGUCACUGUACGAGCGCUGUUCUCCGCUCAGACUGAAACUCAGUCAGGUGACUUGUCAAGAUUUGCUUCGAGGAACCAGAUUUCCCUCCCUACCCUAUGGGUCCAGACCCUUUGGGUUCUUACAGUGGGGUUUAUUGUUUUAAAAGCAGUUGGGAGCUCCACAGAAAAGCACUAACACCAGGGGACAAAUGUGAAAGCAAAAGAAAAAAAAACGAGACCGUUGCACACUUCCUACAGGCUGAAUUUCUCUUCCUGUUUCUGGCUGUUUCUAACUUAGAGAGGCGAGUUAUCCUGUGAUGUUAACAGACCUCUCUUGGUGUAUCCAUUCGUAAUGUCCAUAGUCCACAUUUGCGAAGCAGAUGGGCAAAAACAGGUUUCCAUGCAAAUCUUUAGCGAUUCCUGCUCAAUAUUGUGAAAAGCUUUCAAAUGUUGUUUUUUAAGACAAUCAUUUUUUUUGUUUCUAUUUUAAUUUUCUUGUGGCAAACUGUACUUGAAAAGCAGCAUGUCAGAAAUCCUUUGUUUUGUAUAGAACUUUUGUCUGUUGGUUAUAAAAGUUCAUUAUUUAUUUUCCCUUUGACUAAUAAUGUGGAACUCACAGGACAUAUUCUUUUUUUGUUUUGUUUUUUGAAAUAUACAGCUGUAAACUGUUCAAGGUAAGCAUAACAAACUAGUUAUUUAUUAAUGUAUUAUAAAAUAAUGUUUGAUCCAGUAUGUGCUUGUCUUAUUUAAAACCGGAAUGUGAGACAUGUUGCUGUGAUCUGUUUUUUUUCUCAUUCAUUCAUAUUUGUAGAUAUUUGUGUGAACUACAGUAUAAAAUGGUAACAAAAGGAAAUUAUGUGAAUGUCACGUAAAUUUUGAAAUGAUAGACCUAUAUUAACUUUGUAUCAUGUUUGGAUAAUUCAUCCAUAUUCACAAUUUAAAAUGUUAUUAGACAUUAAGUAAUUAGCAAGGAGAAAGAAACUUAUCUAACUUAAAUUUCAGAUUUCUCCACCUCUUUUCCAGAUAAAUUAUAACUCUGGAUCCCUGUUUAUCUCAAAAUUCUACUAUAUGCAAAAAACCAACAGGUUUUGCAUUCCUUUUAAAUAUCUGAUGUGACUAAGCUUGUUGUUGAUAAGAUUCAUUGUUUUGUUCAUAUGUAUUGUAAUAUAUUUUCUGUUUUGUAAAUAUGUCACACACAAGAUGUGGUCGGUCUAAAAUAUUUGUAAUGUAUAUUAAAAGGCUCAAAAAUA